UGUGGAGGUUGUGGUGGUCUAUUGAGAUUGUCUUGCCGUUGCACAAGAAGCUUAUGCACCUCAGUGAGAAAUGGGAAGUGCGGUGCUCAUAGUUUAGUUGGAGCUCAUUUUUCUAAUGCUGAGUGCUUUUGCAGUGUUUUACUCCAUCACCUGGUAAUAUUAAUGGAGGCUUCCACAGCUUUUGUUAAUGUAAUUUCUGAAGAUAUUGGCUUCAAGUCGAAUGUGAAUGGUCCUUGCUGUGACGUAGGGAAGUUGUGCAUAAAGCAUGAGAAAGUUACUGGUAGCAGUAUGGGAGAGACUGCCAUGGCAAUGUCUCUGGAGGAUACAGAAGGUACAUCCAUUACCAUAGAAGACAGUUUGAUGGUAGGCCUUGGGACCACCCUUCAUGACAUCCUACACGUACAAGAUGUUCCUACAGGGGCAGAUGUCCAUGUCCCAACUUCAAAUGAUGAUGAGAUUUGGCGUCCGGAGAAGCACAAGAUGUGCCCAGAGUUGGAAAUACAUAAAGCUAGUGCUUCUGUUGCAAAGACACAAAAAAGCUUGAGCAAAUUCGCAGCAUUCCCAUCCUUGGAGGAGAAGCUGUCAUCUCCCGUGACUCUAGAUGGGAAAGAAGAGUUACCAAACAUGGAACAACAUGGUCAAAGCUCUCUGAAACCUGAGGACCCUACCUGCACUCGCUCCAUGUCUAUGCCACCAUUGAAGCUCAUCUCUGCCAUGAAAGGCGGCCGCAAGCAGCAGGGCACACCCUGGAAGGUGAGGCUCAAUGUCACAUGGGCACCUGAUGUGUAUGACCCUCCAGAAACGUCCCUUUCGCACACAGUGAAGAGUCACCAGCAACACUCCAGGGGCAAGAAGAAAGACUACAGGCACAGGCACAAGGGAAAAUCUGCCCGAGGGAGCAGUAGUGAGAGGAAGCACCAUGUGAACCGGAGAAGCACCGGCUACACGGGUCCUCUACAUCUAAGGCCGCCGGCACGUGAAAGUAGAUCAUUGCCAUUAGAAACUCUCCAACCAGCAAGCAGAGAAGCUGUGGAUUUUGCCAGCCAGAAGUGCAAGUGCGGAAGCAGCUUCCUCAGGGGCUCACUUUCUAACGUCCGCCUUUCAGUUGCAGAGGCCACGUUAUCUGACGGGUGCUGUUCUCUUCUCUCCACCUAAUCCAUCGAUGUGUAGAUAAAUAAACAACAACUAUUAAAACUACUGUAGACUUGGGUUAUAUGUACUGUUUGGAGGGAUCUGAUUUUUUUAUUUU